AUGUCACUCAAGAAUAAGAGUCCCACUCAUAGUAAUAGUGGUCAUUCUACUAUUCAUUUAGAAGAAAGUGAUGAUAAUGUCAGUAUCAACGAACAACAAUCCUUACUUUUGGGUCUGGAUCAUCAAGUUCCUAGAUAUAUGACUGCUUCUCCUUUACCUUCGGCCCGUAUAAACGACAAUUCUCCCAAAGACAAAUGGAGCACAUUUAAAAUCAGAUCCAAAUACUAUCUUCCUAUCUUACAAUGGUUACCCCUUUACAGUACACAUUUCUUCUUGGGGGAUUUAAUUGCUGGUAUUACACUCUCUUGUCUGUUGAUUCCUCAAGGUCUAUCGUAUGCUACUGCCCUGUGUAAACUAGAGGCUAUUCAUGGCUUAUAUGCUAUUGCAUUUCCAGCAAUUACUUAUGCUAUCUUUGGUAUGUCAAGACAAAUGUCUGUUGGUCCAGAAGCUACACUUUCUUUACUGAUUGGAUCUUCCAUUGCACAACUCAAUAAUGACGAUGAUGACCAUGUGGAUCCUUUAGCUUGGGCUUGUCUGAUGACUAUCUUUGUAGGUAUCUUUACAUUUUUAUUGGGCAUCUUUCGACUUGGCUUCCUUGACAGUCUGAUGAGUCGAGCCCUUUUGCGCGGUUUUAUUUCGGGUGUAGGUCUUGUUGUGGCUCUUCAACAAGGCAUUAUUUUAUUGGGUCUAGUCAAAUUGAGUGAAGAAAACGGCAUUACGGAAGCCUCUAGUUCCAUUGCUCGUCUCUGGUUCCUGGUAGAAAACAUCCAAUACGCUCAUAUUUUGACCUCUUCUGUAUCUGCUGUCUCCGUCGCUUUCUUGAUUGCUGCUCGUGUUACCAAGUCAAAAAUGGCAAAAUUCAGAUGGUUUCAAUUGCUUCCCGAAGUUCUUUUAGUCGUUGUUGUUUCUUCUCUCCUGACAUGGCUCUGCGAUUGGGAAAAUCAGGGGCUUGCUAUCUUGGGAAAUAUUGAGGGACAAGGUAUUCCGUUGCCUUCAAUUCCCGUUUUUCCUGAACGUAAGCAUAUGAAAGACAUGCUGGUGACGGCUGCUAUGAUUGCUAUUAUUGGCUUUGUUGAAUCGGUCGUGAUUGCCAAGACGUAUUCGACAAAACAUAAUUAUUCUGUUAGUGCAAAUCGUGAACUGGUUGCUUUGGGUGUUGCCAAUAUCGUCAGUGGUGUAUUCCAGGGUAUUCCUGCUUUUGGUUCUGUAGCUCGUAGUAAAAUCAAUGAUAAAGCAGGAGCAAGAACCCAAAUGGCUUGUUUGAUUGCGGGUGUUGUUGCUCUCUUGGCCAUCUUUUUCUUGCUGCCUUACUUUUAUUAUCUUCCUAAAUGUGUCUUGUCUUCGAUUAUUUUUGUAGCCGUCUUGUCUCUGUUAGGUGAGUUGCCUGAAGACCUUCAUUUUAUCUUUAAGAUUGGUGCCUGGCGUGAUCUUGGGUUGCUUUUGGUGACUUUCUUUGCUACCAUUAUUAUUUCACUUGAAUUUGGUACGCUUUUAGCAGUAACUCUAUCGCUUUUGUUGACCAUCAAGGAAACAAGUUAUCCUCGUAUUUCUAUCAUGGGACGUGUGAAGGGAACACAUAACAAGUUUAGACCUAUUCAAGACGAUCCCAAUGUUGUUGAGCACCUUGAAGAUGUACUUAUCGUACGCAUUGAUGAACCCCUUUUCUUUGCAAACACAGGUCAAUUAAAAGACAGAUUAAGACGUCUAGAACAGUUUGGUGAUAUGUCUAUCCAUCCUUCUGAAAGUCCUCGUCUUGGAAGUCUAUCGUAUAUGAUUUUUGAUGUGGACAAUAUGCCUUAUAUUGAUGCAAGUGCUAUCCAAAUUCUUUAUGAAAUCGUAGAAGCAUAUCAUGCACGUCAUAUUAAGGUUUAUUUUGUUCGUCUUCGUGAAAACCCCUUAGCUCUUUUUAGAAAAUCUGGUUUACUUGAUGUUGUGGGUCAAAUGAACUUGUUCAGAAAAGUUUCUGAUGCGAUUGAAGUCAUUGAAAAAGACAUGGUGUAUCAGGUUCAAGAAUAA